CCUCGGACACUGCAGGAUCAAAGUCGGUUGGUGGGGCUGCGCAUACCUCCGUUCUCCGGGGCAUUCCCCAGCAACCUGUCGGAUGUGGGAUAAAUAAACAUUCUACACCUUUGGAAAACCAAACAAGCGGCUUCGAUUGAGUUUAUCUGGGCAGCAUUUGCUGUUGCCAGGCAAUUGGUGAAGCAGCCUGACCAGAAGCCUCGACAGAUUCAUGAGAGAUUUGCAGGGCUGGUGGAGUAUUUGUCCAAGGCAGGACUUGAGUCUGUGUCAUGACCGUAGGUGCGGAACUGUGUAGGUGCUCGAAGCCUUUACGCAAGAAGGCUGUCUGCCCGCCUUGACACUACCAACCAUCCAAACAGCCAAUCAUGUUGGACCUCCCCGUCAGCUGCAGAGCCCACCUCCCCCCUCAGUAACCAAUCCCAAAGCAAGAUGUCAGCGUGCGGCGAGUUUGCAGAACACGUGUGGAAGCCCGGCUCGUGUAAGAACUGCUUCCACCCGCGCAGCGCCCACCCCGCCACUGGGGGCAGCAUAGCGCCAGCCUGCCUUAGGGUCAGCCAGGCAGGAGAGGAGGAGGAUGGAGUGAGCGUGCCCUCGCCCUACAGCAAGCCCACUAUUGCCGUCCGACCCACCAUGAUGCUAAACACAGACGCCAAUGAAACGCUGGCUGACCUGGGCGUGAGCUUGGGACAGGACCACCAGAAGAGUCCAGUGGAUCGUCUGGGCCUGAAGAAGAUGCUAGACCUGGCCCCUCUUUACAUAGACAGUAAUGGCUGCUCCAAAACCGUGAAGGAUGGUCCACUCCAGAACCCCAUGUCCCCCCCCAGAAAGACUGGUUACACCAGCCGAUUUUCCCCCGGACCGCUGUCCCCCUCUUCCCUGUUCUCCCCCCUGUCCCCGCCCCCCCUUCCGAAAGACUCCUUGGUGAUCAGUAGCGUCUUUGUCACCCACGGUGACGGGCGAGGCCCCCAGGGGCUCAGGGAGAAUGAGGGAGGAGGAGGAGGAGGAGGAGGGGAGGCCCACAGGUCGCAGGUGACCAGGAGCAUCAAGAGCCCUUUCCCCGCCUCCAACGGUAUGCUGACGCAGGGGUCCCCCGGCUCGCCGGACCCCCCCCAAGCCCAAGUGGGGAUGCCCCUGUCCAUCAGCAUCAUUACCACCCCCGCCCUGGCCAGCACCAUCCACUCUGGGAACGCCUCGUCCCAGCCCCCUAGCACUUCUCCCCCUCCGCCUUCCGCCUCGAGCUCCACCACUGUCACCCUGGACUCCAUCGCCCAGACUCCUCAGCCCCCUGGCCGCUCCUCUUCCUCCUUCCUGUCUGACCCAGCCAGCCUAUCAGACUGCAGCUCCUACCGCAGCAGCACAGACUCCCUGCCUGGGCCCGAGGGCUUUGAACCUCCAGGGCCAGACAGUCCAGGAAGCCCCUCGGCCUCCAGCCCCGGAUCGGAGCCUGGCGGCGGGCAGCCUGCAGACUCAGAGCCCAUCUACGCUGAGAGCACCAAGAGGAAAAGGAGGCUCCAGAGGGGGAUGGCCAGGCAGGAAGGGAGGCCCCAGCAGCAACUUAAGGAGGAGGUGGAAAUAGCAGGGGUGGAGAGCCAGAGGGCCAAGAUCACUGUAAUGGCCGCCCACACAGAGGAGAACAACCGGACGUUCUACCUGAGCAGCCCAGAUUCUGCUGUUAGCACCCAGUGGCCACACUUCAGCCCCACAGCCCUCAAGGACCCCAGCAGCCCGGCCUUCAGGUGGCCCAGCUCAGGCUCCACCUCCCUGGGUAUUGAGAACACCCUAGUCCCAGGCUCUAGCCCGGCCUACCUCCAGCCAAAGCCCCAGUCUAGCCCCCCAAUCCCCCCUAAGAGGAACACCCGCUCGCCCAAACUGGGCACCUCCAGCCUGUCCCCGGUGCCCCUCCCAGAUCUCCCCGCCCUCACCCUCCUCUCCCCCAAAAGAGAGGAGACCCAGGGGAAGCCCCCCACGGAGCCUCCCCUCGCGGCCCCCGAGCGCAGACACAAGUUCCACGGCUCCGCCUGGAGCUGGGAGGGGCGCAUCGAGGAGGAGGAGGAGGGAGAAGUGGAGAGGGAGAGCCUCAGGGAGAAGAGAGCCGACCAGGGAACGGCGCUGCUCAACGGGGGGGCCGGGGGGGCUGGCUGGAGGGAGGCCAGGGCUUGGAGAGUGUCGGCGGGGGCCCAGAGCGCCAGCAACCCCCCCCCUGCGCCUGGCACGGCCCAGGACAACAAUGGUACCAGUCAGGAGAGUGAGGGCGAGGGCAUCACCACAGAGGAGGUGGGCAAACAUAGCGCCGCCAUGCUGGCCAAGACAGCAUCUCUGCCCUCCGGAGCCCUGGAGCCCAGCCCUCCACCGCCCCCACCCAAGAAACACCACAGGGGGUGUGCUAAGCUGAGUCAGAGCAGUAUGGAUCUGGAGCGCUGCAGCCAGCUGGGUUCCGUGGAGAGUCUGACCAGCUCCUUCCGCGGCCUGGGCAGUGCCAGUUUGCCCUCUGCCUCCACCGACAGCCUGCAAGGAGACCCUGCCAGGCCGCCGUCUGAGACCGGUUCCCAGGAUGCGACGCGGCUUUCGUGCGCCUCUCCGUUUCCCAGAAGCCCCAUGGCCUCUCCGGGCUCCCCGCACCCCGACCCCUUCCCUAGCGGCAACAGCCACGGCAACCAGCUCCAGCCGCCGCCACUCCCGGAGAAGAAAACGGUCAGCCGCACCAUAUCUGCCCCUGACAACGCGGGGGGGAAGCCCCUGGUGCGCGCCUACCCCCGCCUGCCCUUCAGCGGCUCCGAGACCAACAUCUGCCGCCCGGAAGGGCCCCUCUCCAGCCUGCCCUCCAGUCCUCUGGAGCCCCGCCCCCUCUACUCGUCGAGCGACUCCCUCGAACGCUGCCACGCCCCCCAGGCCCGCCCCGCCCGCUCCCGAACCCUGGACGAGUCCCUGAAGGGGCGCGGCCGCCUGGGCGUGCACGGCCGCGGCAGCAUCACUUCCUCGUCGUCCCCGCAGCUCAGCGCGCCGCUCUCCGCCUCGGGCUCCGCCCUGCACCUGCACACGUUGCUCAGCAACAUGGACAGCCGCGAGGGGGUGUACUCCAAGCUGGGCGGCCUGUACGCCGAGUCCCUGCGGCGCCUGGCGCUCAAGUGCGAGGAGCACUUCACCCGGAGCCAGAGGAACCCGCUGCGCUUCGACGAGAGCAACUGGUCGCUGUUCAAGCUCACCUGCAACAAGCCGUCCUGCGCGUCGGGAGACGCCGUGUACUACUCCGCCGCCUGCGCUUCGGACCCCAGCAACGCCUACGCCGUCAAGAUCUGUAAGAGCCCGUCAGCGGAGGCACGGCAGGGUCACCUGUACAGUCUGUCCGUCCAGCAGAGCAUGCCCCCCCACUUCAACCUCCAGCAGGACUGCGGUCACUUCAUCGCCUGCGUCCCCCAGAGCAUGCUGCCCCCCGAGGAGGCCGUCCAGCCCCCCGCAGCCACCAGCCCCGCCCAGGCCGCCGGCCCCGCCCCGGCGGAGCGGGAGCGCGUGGUGGUGAUCACCCGCGAGGUGCCCCAGCAGAGCGCGGCCGACUUUGUGCGCGAGUGGGCGUCGUUCCACCGGGCCCAGCCCGAGGUGUACGAGCGCCGCGUCUGCUUCCUGCUGCUGCAGCUCUGCAGCGGCCUGGAGCACCUGAAGGAGCACGGGGUCACGCACCGCGACCUCUGCCUGGAGAACCUCCUCCUGGUCCCCCACCGACGGCACGCCUCCUCGCCGGCCGACGCCCACGACCAGCGGCUCCUCCCCCGCCUGCUCGUCAGCAACUUUGCCAAGGCCAAGAGGCGCACGGCCGAGGACGCGGCGGCGGCCAACGCCGACCCGCGCUUCAAGCGCGACCAUGCCCGCCUGGCGCCGGAGAUCGUGUCGGCCGCCCAGUACCGCAAGUUCGACGAGUUCCAAACGGGCAUCCUGAUCUACGAGCUGCUGCACCAGCCUAACCCUUUCGAGGUGAGCCCCACCCUGAGGGACCAGGACUACCGCUGCGACCAGCUGCCCCCCAUCCCCCCCCUGUCCCUCUACUCCGCCGGCCUCCAGAGCCUGGCCCGCCUGCUGCUCCAACCCGACCCCAUCAAACGCAUCCACAUCCUGGAGGCAAAGCGGGUGCUGCAGGGCCUCCUCUGGGGCCCCCGGAGGGACCUGCUGGAGCAGCAGUGGGACGGGGGCCCCGGGGGAGCCUCGGGGGCCGGCCCCCGCCACGAGGGCCUCCUCAAUUGGCUGGACGUGAAGCGAGCCCUGCUGAUGAUGAAGUUUGCCGAGCGCUCGCUGGAGCCCGAGAGGAACGCCGAGCUGGAGGACUGGCUGUGCUGUCAGUACUUCUCCUCCGCUCACCCGCUGUCGCUCUGUCACACGGCCGAGCUUCUUUACGCGCUCAAGUAGAGGCCCCCCCCCCCCCCCCCCCUCUGCGCACGCCUCGGACACACAGCUGGGCGUGCGUGAUCGGCCCUGGAUUGGGGCCUUUGUUGGAGCGCUACAGAUUGUCCCACACCUAAAUGGAGGAACGGCGUGAACCAGCGCGCCUGUCCGUCUGUCUGCCGUCCAAUCACGUGCAUGGAAGCCCACGGUCCCUCCCCUGACACCUCUACCACGUCCGACGGGAGCCGACGACACGUGUGUGUGUGGGGAGGACAGUGGCCCUCUAGAGAGGCCGGCCCUGCCUGUCCUCACGCGAAGCCGUUCUCGACAGUGUCGCGUCCUUAUUGACUUCCAGCUCUCUGCGCUGCGUUCAGAGCCGUAUGAACCAGUAGCAUCCUUCUGCCCGCUCUCUCAGCCCAGCUCUCGUUCACCUGAUUGACUGUAGCAGACGUUGCAGCUUGCUUGUCUCCUCUGAAUAGCGACACAUCACAGGCCAAGUGACAUACCUGGCUCUCUCUGUCCUCUGGAUAGUGCAUACAUACCAACUGAUGACGAAAAUGGAGUCUAUGACGGACAGUAGGAAUGAACAACUGAGAUCUUACUAUCUCUAGUGUGUGCUUCUUGUUCGACUCUGUUGCUCUUUUGUUCAGUUUGAUGGAGACUCACAGUGCCUUUUCUCCCUUGUGUCAGACUGGCAUCAUAGAAUUGUAAAUUGUAUUGAACUAUUCCGAUUAUUAUAUUUUGGCCAUGUGAAACAGGACUUUCACGGAGCGCGUGUUUGUGUGUUGGAGGAGACGGGCUGAACUUUGUGCAGAGAGUAUCUUAACAGAUGAAUGCUACUUAACAGCAGUGAAUGACCAGUCCAUGUAUUUAUAUUAUUCAAUCUGUUUACCCCGUAGCUGUCACUGGAACGCCUUUGUUUAGGUUUACUGUAUGUGUUGCUUGUUUUGUUGCUUGGAGCUGCCUUUGUUGUGUUGCCGGCUCAGUCACACCGGAUUUGGAUCCCUGGUUCCUCCUGUCCCAGCCCAGCAACACCGAACAGAUACCGUCCAGCCAGCCCUCUACUGUCAUGAUGUCCAGAGAAACCAGAACAUGCCGUCUAACGACUAAUACUCGUAUUAAUCCAGUUGGUUUGUGGAAGCCUCACCUCAAUAAACUGUAAAUAUGUUUUCACACGUGCUAACCAUGUCCCAGUCUGUCUGUGUGUGGUCACGGAAAAGAGGAUCCAAUCACGUUGCUUAUAGAACUAACGUGUUGUGACCGUAUGUGGGGGAGUGUGGUGUCAGAGGCACUACUAGAUGGUUCUGCAGGACUGAGCCAUGUGGGUUUAAAUCCCUCCUCCAGCCCUUCUCUGGUUCCCUUUCUCCCUCUUUACUUCCUUCCCCCUCUCUCAGAACCUCUCUAAAUAAAUCGAAUAACAAGUA